GCGACGCCCCCUGGAGUGCGGCAGGAACCCGGCCGGGCCCGCCUCCUAGCCCGCCAAGCCGCGCCGGCCCCAGAAGUGAUGAAAGCCUCGGCCAAGUCCAGGUCACGCCGAAACCGUUGCCCUUUUAAGGGGGAGCCUUGAAACGGCGCCCGGGUUCCAUGUUUGCAUCCGCCUCGCGGGGAGGAAACUCCAUGUUGUAACAAAGUUUCCUCCGCGCCCCCUCCCUCCCCCUCCCCCUUAGAACCUGGUUCCCCUCCCCUCCGAAGCUCGCGGGGAUCCCUCCCUCCCACCCCUCCCCUCCCCCCCGCGCCCCGAUUCCGGCCCGAGCCGGGGGGGAGGCCGGGCGCCCGGGCCAGAGUCCGGCCGGAGCGGAGCGCGCCCGGCCCCAUGGACAGCUCGGCCGUCAUUACUCAGAUCAGCAAGGAGGAAGCGCGGAGCCCGCUACGGAGCAAAGGUGACCAGAAGUCAGCGGCGUCUCAGAAGCCCCGGAGUCGGGGCAUCCUCCACUCACUUUUCUGCUGCGUCUGCCGGGAUGAUGGGGAGGCCCUACCUGCUCACAGUGGGGCGCCCCUGCUCGUGGAGGAGAACGGUGCUGUCCCCAAGCAGACCCCAGUCCAGUACCUGCUCCCCGAGGCCAAGGCCCAGGACUCGGACAAGAUCUGCGUAGUCAUCGACCUGGACGAGACCCUGGUGCACAGCUCCUUCAAGCCAGUGAACAAUGCCGACUUCAUCAUCCCUGUGGAGAUUGAUGGGGUGGUCCACCAGGUCUAUGUGCUGAAGCGGCCCCACGUCGACGAGUUCCUGCAGCGGAUGGGUGAGCUCUUCGAAUGCGUGCUGUUCACCGCCAGCCUUGCCAAGUACGCAGACCCAGUAGCUGACCUGCUGGACAAGUGGGGGGCCUUCCGGGCGCGGCUGUUUCGUGAGUCAUGCGUCUUCCACCGGGGGAAUUACGUGAAAGACCUGAGCCGGCUGGGCCGAGACCUUCGGCGGGUGCUCAUCCUGGACAACUCGCCCGCCUCCUAUGUCUUCCAUCCAGACAACGCCGUACCGGUGGCCUCGUGGUUUGACAACAUGAGUGACACGGAGCUCCACGACCUCCUGCCCUUCUUCGAGCAGCUCAGCCGUGUGGAUGACGUGUAUUCAGUGCUCAGGCAGCCUCGGCCCGGCAGCUAGUGAGGCGCCACGGGGCCAGGACCUGCCCCUGACCACACCUGCACGCCUCACACGGGGACUCUUCCUAAAGAAAACUCAGCAAAGAAAACAGCGCCACGGGGAAGUGGGCGUCUCCCCCGCCAGCCGGGCCAGGCUGUGCAGGGGGCUGCAGGCUGCACCGAGGGCGACGAGUCCCUGGGUCCCUGUGUCAGUGCCUUAGAACCUCCUCCUUCUUGGGGGACCUGUGGGGCCCUGCGUGCCGCCUCCCUCCUCUCUCUCUCUUUCUCUCUCUCUCUCUCUCUCUCUCUCUCUCUCUCUCUCUGCACGGCCAUGUUUCUCUGCUGCCAAAUUGGGUCCCUCGGGCCCUUCCAGUUCUGCCUGGGGGAGGGGCAGGGUUUUGCUGCCCCACGCCUUGGGCCCCCUGCCUGGGGACAGUGGACACCAAGUGCCUUGCAUAGAGCCCUCUUCUCGGCCCAAUUUUCCCAGGGCCACAAUCCGGGUCAGCUCUGCAUGGAACAGCCAUCAGGUUGCAGCAAUCUAGGCUGGUGGGGGAGGACCCAGUCUCCCCACCUCCUACCUUGGGACUGUUAUAGCCUCCACCAAUCUCUAACUAGGAGGGCGGGGAGGGUAGAAGAUCUGUUACCACUUGUAAAGGGAGCAGGGGUCUGUCCUUCAGGACCCUAGAAUCCAGCUUCUCUGGGCUCAUCAGCACCUGAGGGCCGCUUCCCACAUGGCCCAAGCUCCAACCUCUCACCUUUGCCUUGACCACCCCGAGGCCCUGGGGUUUGGUGCCCCAGCUCCGAGUGUGGAGGCAUAGGCAGGAUCCCUUUGCGGUGCCAUAUAAAUAUGUAUAUGUGUAUAUAGAUUUUUAGGGGAAGGGGAGAGGGAAGGGUUGGGGUGGAGACACCCCUCCCUCGCCCCUUUCCUGGACCCAUAAACUGGGGGGGGAGGAGGGGAAGGAUUUCUACAUUUUUUAAACUGCUAUUUUCUGAAUGAAACAGGCUGGGCCAAAGAGCCCCAGGCCCUGUCCUUUGUCCCUCACACCCUCUUCGAUCCGUUUAUUCAUACAUUCAAAACACAUUUGUUGAGCACCUUCUCUGUGCCCAGCGCUAUGCUAGGCCCACCAUGGCGUGUGCAUGUGUGGGUCUCUACACCACCUAACAGGUGCCUCUCCCACCCACCCCAUACUUCACCGGUGCCUUUAGGGGAUCUGUAGGAGGUGGGACCCUUCUUGCGGGGUUUGGGGGGCUCUAGGAAGCCUAGCCAAGCUGUCCCCCUCCCCUGUGCCAACCCGCCCCUGCAGCCCUCUGCCUCGCCCCCUGCUGGCUGGGGGCAGCUCCCAGGACGUGCUGCCUUCCAGCUCUGAGGCCUUUGUCUGGAACCCCUCCCCCAAAUGCUGGGUCUGGAGGUCAAGGCCUUGGGCUCUCCCCAGGGCCUAUCGGUUAAGGGGACCCACAUACCAGUGCCAAGGGGGAUGUCAGGUGGAGAUGUCGUUACCCUUCCCCCCCUCCCAGCGAGCUGUGGGUGGGAGGGAGGACAGGUUGGUCUGAACAGGUGACCUUCCCAUCUUAAGUGCCUUCUCUGUAACGGACAGCCCCAAAGUGUGAUGAGAACUAAAGAGAAAGACAGACCCCCUUA